AGGACCGGGAGACUGAACACACACACACAGACUAAAGGGAAACCUGAGAGCAGCCUGUGAAGAUGAUUAAAGGACUGUUGUCAGUGCUCUUGGCCCUGGUGGUCGUGACUUCCACCAUGGGGAAGCCUGAGAAAAGUUCUGACAAGACUGCGGUCAAGAAGGAGAAACGAAUCCCUCAGACUCUCUCCAGAGGAUGGGGUGAUCAACUGAUCUGGGCUCAGACCUACGAGGAGGCACUCUUCUUGGCACGUUCACAGAACAAGCCCCUGAUGGUCAUCCUCCACUUGGAAGAUUGCCCACACAGCCAGGCCCUGAAGAAAGCUUUCGCUGAGGAUAAAGAGAUCCAGAAAAUAGCCGACGAGGACUUCAUCCUUCUGAACCUGGUGUAUGAAACCACAGAUAAGCACCUGUCUCCUGAUGGGCAGUACGUUCCCAGAAUCAUCUUUGUCGAUCCCUCAAUGACUGUUCGUGCUGACAUCACUGGCCGCUACUCCAACCGCAUGUAUGCCUAUGAGCCCGCCGACAUGAAACUCCUGCAGAACAACAUGCUCAGAGCCAAGAAGCUUCUGAAAACAGAGUUGUAAAGUGCAACUUCAUGAUGUCUUCCAUCCUGGAGUGGAUUAUCUCCCCCAUUUAGAUUUUAUAGUUCUUAUUCUGUUAAUAAAUAUAAUGCUGUAAAGAAAGAGAAAACCCGCACUGGAAAUCUUUGAACUCAUUUUUUGGAUGUAUUUUGUUUUGAGAUCCUGUUACUGUCAGCCUUAUAGACCGGCUUUUCAUCUGAUGUACUGCAUCAGCGAUGCAUUUGUUUUUGGAUAAAUAAAGAAAAGUUGUACUAAA